GGCGAAGGCAAAGAGAGGGUUGCGGCUGACAGGCCCACCGGUCCCAAAGGUGAAUGGAAGGAAUCAGAGGAAGUGGGGCCUGCGCCUUCUUACGUCAGCGAUGCACCGAAGCCAAGAUUAAAGUGGAUCCGUUUCGAGCGCCCCAUUCCCACGGACCCUUGUCCAAUCCAAUCCAGGACUCUCACUGAAGAGCUUCCGAAACCAGUGACAGCAAGCCUCACUCACAACAUGGGAGCCUCUCUCGGCUCCGGCAGCAGCGGUGCCGCCGUUCCUUCACAACACCAGGCCUACGAUAGCAAAUCGAACAUGCUCGAUGAGCACCUUCUCACCCCUGCUGCUAUCAACUCCAUUGAAGUGCACGGCGCCUCAAAUACACGCCGGUCUAUUCUCGAUCGUAUAUUCAAGCCUCUUGUGGAGGGCCCCGAAAACUUAUCCUCGACCCUCGGCGAGAGCUUGGAGCGUGUUGGUGCCGCUACCCGGCGGCUCUCCCGUUUUGAUAUCUUCAAAGAGGACGGUUUCGGGGCAUUCAUUUCCGAGGCCAACCGGCCUGAUGCUCCUCCCAACAGGACAGAGCUGGACAUUGCCAUUAACGUCAAGGAGAAAUCCAGACUGGUAUUCACCGCCGGCACCGACUUUGGCAAUGCAGAAGGCUCCGCUUACACCAAUGGUGUAUUCCGAAACAUCUUUGGUGGUGCCGAGACUUUGUCCAUCAACGCCAGUACCGGCACACGCACCAGAUCAGCCUACAACGCCAGCUUCUCCACCCCAUUAAACGCCAACCCAGACAUACGGCUGGCCUUGGACGCUCUCCGCUCAUCAACACAAAAGCCGUGGGCAUCCCAUGACGAACACCUCACAGGUGGCAGCCUUAAGCUCUCAUGGUUGAGCGACAGCAAAGCUACCCACACCGUCACGUACAACGGGGUAUGGAGACAGUUGACCGGCCUGGCCCCCAAGGCUUCCCCCACCGUUCGGGCCGACGCAGGUGACUCCGUCAAGUCCUCAAUAGGCCACACAUACACUCUCGACCGCCGAGACAACCCCAUGCUCCCCCAAAGCGGCUAUCUCCUCAAGACCACCUCCGAGCUCGCCGGCUGGGGACCCCUAAGCGGUGAUGUGGCCUUUGCCAAAACCGAGCUCGAAACGUCCGGUGCUAUCCCAUUAUCCCUCCCCGGCUCGCAGGUCAAAUCAGGUGUUUCCAUCGGCGGGGGUGUCCGUGUUGGUCUUCUCUACCCCCUAGCAUUGGGCUACAACCCUGCCGCUCCAGCUUGUCCAAGCCGCAUCAACGACCGGUUCCAACUUGGCGGCCCUGCUGACGUCCGCGGAUUCAAGCUCGGCGGUCUCGGCCCCCAUGACGGCGCUGAUUCCGUCGGUGGUGACGUUUUCGCUGCUGGGAGCGUGAACAUGAUGUUUCCUCUUCCUCGUCUGGGUGCGGACUCGCCGUUGAGAUUCCAGCUCUUUGCCAAUGGUGGCCGAAUGGUGGCGCUUCAAAAGAGGGUGGCCACAGGGGAAAAUGGGCGGGUGUUGGCCAUGGAGCCAAAGAAGGUGUUUGAAGGUGUGGCCUCUGCUGUUGGGCAGCUUGGGAACGGGCUGCCGAGUGUGGCUGCUGGGUUUGGGCUGGUGUAUGCCCAUCCUAUGGCAAGAUUUGAGCUCAACUUUAGCCUGCCGCUUGUGCUGAGGAGAGAGGAGGAGGGGAGAAAGGGACUGCAGGUUGGUGUUGGAAUCAGCUUUCUUUAAGGUCCCGGUUGUAAGGGACGUGUCAGCGUCAAAUGGUUGUAUUAUUAGUUACCGGAAACAAAUAAGCAGUCUUAAUUCAGUGACACAUUAUCAUUCCAUGAGCACUAAGACUCCUAGCACAAGCACGCAAA